AUGGAAGACUUAUUUCUGUGUAGGGCUCUGAAUCGAAGCGAGCUCCAAAUAGGCCUUUUCAACACCAUUCGUUAUCGUGAGACUAUGAUUUGCAAGGAAUUUCCUCACAACAAUUCAGAAGUACCUCACUUUGAACCAUUUAGUACAGUGCGGAUGCAUUUGACUUUCCUUCUUGGUGUCGGGGCUCGAGCCGUGCAUGGACCGGUGGUUCUAUACACCAGUAAUGAGGGCAAAACUGCUCUCUGAUUGAAUUCGGUCUACAUGUUUCAUCUGAUCAGACUGGUUACGCACAACGUUUUGACUCGAAUCGCGCUUGUGACAUUUGUCGGAUUCACAGUCGGUAUACUCAUUGGACGGACAUUCGUACUCACAUGUUCAAAGAAAUUCGUUUUCAUCAAAAAGCCGCAGAGUGUGGAGGAUACCAUCAGACCGUUCAUUUUUAUUGGUGGUCAUGAAAGUUCCGGUACCGGACUUAUGCGUAUUAAAAUGGAUGCUCACCCUUGGAUUCGAUGCGGUGCAGAACCGAUGAUCUCGUUGAAAGUGUUAAGUUUGUGGAGAAAGUUCGCGGUUGAACAACGAGAUCGCUCGACUGAGAUCGGCAUCUAUCCGCACGCGCUGAACAACGCGACGCGGUCGUAUAUUUCGGAGACAAUCGAACACAUGGGACCGGAUGCCAAGAUUCUAUGUCACAAGCAACCUUCAACGUUUUUGUACCUUCCAAUUUUGGGAAAGUUAUUUCCAAAAGCGAAGUUUAUCCACAUGAUACGCGACGGACGAGGAGCGGUCGCGUCAUCCAUGAAUCGGCAUCUUCUCAGCAAACGUAAUCAUCUGGGUGCCUUACUCAAGUGGCAAAAGCAGGUGGCGAAAAUCAUAGAUGAGUGUAAAAUAUUGGGCCGGCACCGAUGCAUCGAGGUUCGUUACGAAUCAUUGAUCUUGAGGACAGAAGAAGAACUGAGGCGCGUAUUGGCCUUUGUCAACGCUCCAUGGGAUCCCGUUGUACUGCAUCACGAAUUGCUAAAAGAAAACUUGACUGGUUUAAACACAUCUCGAGUGUAA